ACUUUAUAUAUUUUUGUAAGUAAACACGCUUUAUUGCAGUGUCUACUUUUAAAAGCGCUACAGAAUUAAAAUUGAACAGAACCGAUUCCAAAGCUUUGGAGGAGUCGACUCUCGGUUGUCUGUGCCUAGGCUAGGAGAACCGACUCUUCUAGGCAUCGAAACGCCCGAGAGAGAAAGAGAGAGAGAGAGAGAGGAGAAGACAGCAGCAGGCGGACUCGCUUGGGCUCGCCUGGCGCGGCUAAAGCUAACGGGGAGAAAAACAUGGAGCUGUCUGCUGUCGGAGAAAGAGUCUUCGCCGCCGAAUCCAUCAUCAAGCGGCGGAUCAGAAGAGGUCGGAUGGAGUAUCUGGUCAAGUGGAAAGGUUGGUCACAGAAGUACAGCACCUGGGAACCGGAAGAAAACAUUCUGGACUCUCGUCUCUUUGCGGCUUUUGAGGAAAGGGAGCGUGAAAGGGAACUGUUCGGGCCCAAGAAGAGAGGACCGAAACUCAAGACCUUCCUGAUGAAGGCUCAGGCCAAAGCUAAAGCCAGGUCCUAUGAGUUCCGUGGCGAAUCUUCACGCAGCAUUCGCAUUAACUACCCCAACCCUGAGCCUCUGGUGACCCCGAGGGCCAGAGAGGGGCUCCGUAGUGUCGUCCCAACCAUCUUCCCUCCCAGUACAGUGAACCGGGGCGAAAGUGUCCGACCCACUCACCAGGAACCGACUCGAGAUCAUCGUUCCCUUCUGUCCCCGAGAGUCGAAUCAGACAGGAUGGGACACAUCCCUAAAAAACGUGGUCGCAAGCCCAAGCUGUUCAGAGAGGGCUACUCGAGUGUCCUGCACUCUGAAAAGAGCAAGAUGGACGAGUCCAUGUCGGGCAUCCCAUCCAAAAUGGCGCGUCUGGAACUGGGUGAGGACGACGAGGAUGCUCUGAGCACAAGGUCACCGAAGCGUCAGAACCCUCUCCUGUUUUCUCGCCAGACGAUGGAAUGGACCAAAACGAGUGAGGAGUGCAGGACUCGAGAGCUCUCCACCAGUCAUUUUCACCGCAAGUGCCUUAAACACCUCAGACAUCACGGAGCAUUCAAACACGGAGACAUGUCGGCCAUAAAACAUCAUCAUCAUCAUCAUCAUCAUCCACAUCAUCAUCAUCAUCAUCAUCACCAGCCGUCACUCAUUGCCAAGAUCCCCAUGGCACGGAUCCUUGGAGAACCAGAGGUGGAAGUGGAACAGGAGGAGGACGAGGACUUGUGGAAACCCUGCUUCGGCACCGUGGAGAAGGUCACGAUCACAGACGUGACUACAAACUUUUUAACCGUCACCAUCAAAGAGAGUGACACAGACAAAGGCUUCUUUAAAGACAAGAGAUGAUUCGGUUCCUGUUACGCUCUCCAUGGUCAGACACACUCUUCUGUGGAUAUAUUGCAAUGUUCCACACUAUCGUUAUCAUGGACAUGACAGAACAAAGCAGGAGCACAGGACAAUAAAUAAUAAACUCUCUUCCCAGGACCAUGACUCAUGAACCGUAUUCCGGAAUAUUCCGGGGAAUAUUUUCACUAGUAUCGUUAUUAAACACUAAUCCUAAUUGUAAUAAUAUUGUGAACGGUGAUAAUGUUAUUGCAAUGAACAUUUAAAAAUAAAGACGUCAGGUUUCAUAGGGUGAAGUGACACAAGAACCAUUUCUGAUUCCCUGAAAAUCUUCCGGAUGUUUUUGGAUGCUUCUCAUUGGUUCUUAAGGCAGAAAAUGGUUUUGAUUGUUCUUUCUGACAACAGCACAAAAGGAAAGGAAACCAAAAAUGGUUCUUUUGUUUUUUUUUAUUUUUCCUGUGAAACUCUCACAGCCUGCUCUGUUUUUAAAGCCUGUAUUCAAUUCACAAGCACUAAGUAUUUGUUUCUCAUCACCUCAUGCUGUAUAUGAGGAUAUCACGAUAUGAACAUUUUAUUCCAUUUUCUGUGUUAAACACUGAACCGUGAUGGAGAUGGGAUCUGACCAGAAGUUUGCAUGCACUAGGAAAGCUUUCAGCUGGGAGCUGAGGCUGUGUCUGGGGUUAUAGAUGUGUAUAGAUGUAUGUUUUGGCUCCUGCAGACUUUUUCUUGUAAGGAAAAAAAAAGACAAACUUUUUUUUAAAACCACAAAUCAUAUACUAAAUAUAUAUAACGCUGUUAAUGUGUGUGGUUGGUGUCUUGGAAAUUUAUGAACACUGAGUUAUUGCUUUAUUUUGAACCUUAAAGGUUGAUUUUCUGAAGUCUGAAUUGAAUAUAAAAUUGAUAUAUUAUUUAUAGAUGAAUGCUCAGUACAUUUGCCUGCCAUGGCUCUGAUAAUUUGCUUUCUUCACAUUUAGCACAAAACGUCAGACUCUGAAAUGUAAGCACGCGCACUGAACCGUGCCGACUCGAGCACUGUGACGUCACGCGCCGCGCAUUUCUUCUUCUUAUUAUUAUCAUUAUUAUUAUUUGUUUUUGCUCGUUUGUUUCUUUCUGCUUUAUUUUUGCCUCCUUUUAAACCCCUCAGGUUCGCUUGACAAAGUGAGGAAAAGAGAAAAAGAAGAAGAGGAUUAAUUAGUUAAAUUGUCAUCCUUGCCUUUUUUGCGCAAAUUAGAACCGUGUCAAUGUUCUACAUGUUCGAAAUUAUUUUUGUGCGGACAUCAUACGUGUAGAGAGAGAGAGAGGAGGAUGAUAUUACAUUAUAUAGAUAUAUAUGAACCGAUGCGGAUUUUGUGCGUCAAAUGACGUCUUAUUUAUUUAUUUAUUUAUUUAUCUAUCACCUGACAUAUUUUCCAGUGUAUAAGAUGAAGACUUACUCAUCAGAAUUUACUCUUGCUCUGUUUUUGCACUAAGCAUCCUGUUAAAUGCGCAUUUCUCUGCAGAUGAAAACCAGUGGCAUUGAUAUAAAUUCCUAAUCAUUUCCUUUUAACUAUUUAGCAUUUUAUUCAGAGAAAAAAACACAUAGUCAUAGCAUCAUAUUUCUCUUAAUAUUUUGACUUUUCUUCAGCCUGUUAAUGAUUCUGGAGGGGUAUUUUUUGUCCUCGCAUUAUUUGUUUCAGGAACUUUUCACCUGAUCGCUCCGGCAACUUUGAUUAUUUCUUUUUCUUCUUAUCAUUAUUCAUUUAAUUCUAAUUAAAUCCAUUAAAUCAGAGCGCGUUGUCACGUGCGCACAAUAAAUCCUGUAAACACAAAUAAACCGAGCGGAAAGCGAAAUCACGAACAAUAAAACAAACUGAUAAUAAAAAUCUGACAAAAUCCCAAGAACACGGAUUAAAGUCGAGUCCAGAGAAAUGUCCAGGAGCUUCACUGCAGUGUGUGUGAUUAAAGAGUAAAGGUUUGCACUCGCCACGCGCGCUGAUCUGUUUCCGGUCACUCAGCGCGUGAUGCUACACUGCGUUCAUGUUCAAGAGGAAA